AUCUGCUCUUUUCCUCCUUCGCCUCUCCUCCCCAUCCGCCAAACUUCCCCUACUUCUUCUCCUUUAAUCUGAGAAAUUCCCAUAUUCGUCGAUCCAUAUCGACCGCUCCUCUCCCUCCGCCAAUUGACUUGUGUCCAGUCCUUGCGCUGACGCUUUUCGCUGGCAACGCUGACUUCACAUCUCCACGUUGCGCCUCAAAUCGCCACACCAGAAACACCGACAAAGCCGAGUCGGAUCCAUCACCUCUUCCGAACACACGUCUCACUCGAACACCUCGCCCGAACUCCUGCUCGCCCCUCACCAUGGAGGCUGCUCUGCGUCAAUCUAAGGCCAUGUGCCCCUUCUUGAAGAAGGCGUCCCCCGCCAAGCUCCGCGCGCUGUCCACCUCGGCUCGUCCCCACGCCAUCCAGGCGGCCCCUCAGACGGCUGUCUCCCCUUGCGGCGGAACCAUGUCCAAGUUGCAGCUGCUCGCCCACCGCUGCCCCGUCAUGGGCAAGGCCCUGACUGUCCAGUCGGCCCAGUAUGGCCAUGGCCGUCCGGCCAAGGUUGGAAACUCGUCUGUCGCCGGCAUUCGUGCGCUGAGCACCAACUCCAAGCCUGGUCGCGCCAGCAUCCACACCAGCCGCAGCAACGAUGCCCGGCCUGUCGAUGCCCCCUUCAUCAAAGGACGUGACAGCGCUCAAAUUCCCCCGAUCAUGGCGGCCGCCCGCCAGAACGCCGUUCCCAACGUGGGCAUGAGCAAUUCUGACGCCUCCAAGGCCAAGUUCAACUACGAGGCUUACUACGCCGCCGAGUUGGAGAAGAAGCACAAGGACAAGUCGUAUCGCUACUUCAACAAUAUCAACCGCCUCGCCAAGGAGUUCCCCCGCGCCCACAUGGCUGACAAGGGGGAGAAGGUUACCGUCUGGUGCGCCAAUGACUACCUCGGAAUGGGCCGCAACCAGCAUGUCUUGAAAUCGAUGCACGAGACCCUGGACGAGUACGGCGCCGGUGCUGGCGGAACGAGAAACAUCUCUGGGCAUAACAAGCACGCCGUCGAGUUGGAGGGCACAAUCGCCAAACUCCACGCCAAGGACGCCGCCCUUGUCUUCAGCUCGUGCUACGUUGCCAAUGAUGCCACUCUGGCGACGCUUGGUAGCAAGAUGCCCGAGUGUGUGAUUCUUUCCGACAGCCUGAACCACGCCUCCAUGAUCCAGGGCAUCCGUCACUCCGGAACAAAGAAGAUUGUGUUCAAGCACAACGACGUUGCGGAUCUCGAGGCAAAGCUGGCCUCGCUGCCGCUCCACAUCCCCAAGAUCAUUGCUUUUGAGUCGGUGUAUAGCAUGUGUGGUUCCAUUGGCCCCAUCGAGGCCAUUUGUGAUUUGGCGGAAAAGUACGGCGCGAUCACCUUCCUCGACGAAGUUCACGCUGUCGGUAUGUACGGCCCGCAUGGCGCUGGUGUCGCGGAGCACCUGGACUUCGAAGCGCACCAGCAGGGCCGCCCGAGAGGCACCAUUAUGGAUCGCGUUGACAUCAUCACUGGUACCCUUGGCAAGGCCUAUGGAUGUGUUGGCGGCUACAUCGCCGGCAGUGCCAAGUUCAUCGACAUGAUUCGUUCUCUCGCUCCUGGAUUCAUCUUCACCACGUCUUUGCCGCCUGCGACCAUGGCUGGUGCCAGGACGGCCAUCGAGUAUCAGAUGGGAUACGAUGGCGACCGCCGUCUACAGCAACUCCACACCCGUGCGGUGAAGGAGGCCUUGAACGACCGUGACAUUCCGGUUAUUCCCAAUCCGUCCCACAUCAUCCCUAUUCUGGUUGGCAACGCCGAGCUUGCCAAGCAGGCAUCCGACAUGCUGCUCCAGGAUUACCAGAUCUACGUGCAGUCCAUCAACUACCCCACCGUUCCCGUCGGCCAGGAGAGACUGCGUGUCACGCCCACCCCGGGCCACAAGAAGGAGUACCGCGACCAGCUUGUCCAGGCCCUUGACGAGAUCUGGACCAAGCUCGGCAUCAAGCGCACCUCGGAGUGGGCUGCUGAGGGUGGCUUUAUCGGCGUAGGAGAGGCGGACGCCGCUGUAGCGGAGCCCCUGUGGACCGACAACCAGCUUGGCAUCGAGCAGGCUGCGAAGGAGAUCAAGGCCGCGGGAAACGUCAGCAACGGCUUCGUCGAGGCCCUGCUGGAGCGUGAGGCCAAGGCGGCUGGUCAGGCCGUGAGCUCUGCUCUCUGAUUCCGUUCCAUUGCCAGGUCAUUUGACCUGACACGUUCAACGUUGAUAUCUUGAUAAGGGGAGCUCACGGACCUAGACCACCUUCUUUGGAGCGAUCAACGAAGAUUUGCUUUGGCCACACAUCCAUGGCCUGUUGUUCUCUUUCGAUUUGAGAUGGCUUAUCUAUAUGAUGGUUGAUCUCAGUGUUGGCCGCAACACCAAUAGUUUUUUAAAAAAAAAACGAAAGUCACCUAGUGACAAAUUCUUCACCACUUUGACUUCAGUCUAUAAUCCCUGUGGUUGCAAUCCGUGUGCGGGCCGUUCGUGCAAAUAAAUGCCAUCCGAAGUAGUUACUAACUAUGGGCAUUAUACUAGUACCUAGGUUGGGGGUGCGGGUGCAUGUUGAUUCUCGGCAGGGCAGAGUUAUGCGAGUGCGGUAU